AUGAGGAAAAAGGUCCAGAGAACAAAGACACUGCAGCCACCAGGGCUGCUGCCCACCACAACGGGAUCACAACUACGCAACUUCGACCCUCACGAGAGCCCUGCAAGACCCCCACGCGGGACCCAGACGCAGCCCCCGGCAGGACGGGCUGAGGCUCACGUGGCAACAGAGAUACUUGGUAUCCGGAGAAAAGGGCUGACGCCCCCUGAAGGGCAGUUACGGCGCGUCUCAGGUCACCGACACACCUGCUCAGGCAGCAGAGCGCGCCUGGCGCUGGAGCAGGCCCGGCGAGGCACAGCCCAUCCCCGCGGCGCCCAGGCGCGGUCCUCACAGCCCCGCGUGCUGCGCAGCGCGCCCUCCACCGGUUUCAUCGACCCCCCUCGUCCGGAGGGCCGGGGCGUCCCCCCGGCACGUGGGUGUCAACGACCACCUACUGCCCGGCUACCAGCGGGAACGGCCUGCCACGUCCCAGCCGCCCCGCUGCGCAGGCCCUGCACCCUGGAGGCCAGCGUGCUGCCUCCGCUGACCCUCUCCGGCCACCCGCCCGGAGGAAGGAGCCGACAGAGGAGGGCCUGGUUCGAGUCCUGCCUGUGCACGCCGCGGCGGCCCUGCCCACCUAACGGGCCCAGGCCGCGGUCAGCGCCGUCCGGCCCCGCCCCAAGCUGCACCGGAUCGGCCUCCGGCCUCCAGAGCUCCCCGGACACGGUGGCCAACGACCCACCGCCCCCGCCCGGGGGAAGGGCGACCCUAUUCACCGCGGCCCCGGGCCCAGCCGCCCCCACACCUGGCGCGCGCGGUCCUGAGCGGAGCAGCCGGACCAGAGGCGGGGCCUGGUCCCCGGAAGCGUCCCAGAGACACUUCCGGGAAGCUCUAGGACGCCGGAGGACCCAGCCCUCCGUGAUCCGCGGGCCCGAGGGGCGGGGCCGAGGCGGGGGACUGCCCUUCAGUCUUCGUUCCGCGGUGCCUUCAGAGGCUUUCAUGGCCCCGGCGGCCUGGUCUCGGUUGGGGCCUGGUGGCGGGCCCCUCAUUCACACCAGCGGCCGCCGGAGGCCUGAUGGCAGCGGCACCUCGAGGCCGGCGGGUCUGCCCAGUGGCGCGGCCCCGGGUAGCGGCCACUUGUCGUCGCAGGAGGCGGAGCCGCUGACCUUCCAGGACGUGGCCGUGUACUUCUCUCGCGCGAUGGGGCGGCGGCGGCUGGGCCCGGACCAGCGGCCGCUGUACAGGGACGUGAUGCUGGAGAACUACGGGCACGUGGCCUCGCUGGGACUCCCUGUCCCUAAACCGGAGCUGAUCUUCCAGCUGGAACAAGGCGAAGAGCUGUGGGUCCUGGAUCUUCUGGGAGCUGAGGAACCGGAGGCCUUGAGCGGCUGCAGGACAGAUUCUGAGACUGGGACUGAGAAGGAAGUAUUCAUUCUAAACCAGAAGUGUUCUGAAGAAGUAAAAACCCCAGAAUUGAUAGCAAGAAGAUUCUCAAGGGGUAAUCCACAGGCACCCAAGGUGCAGGAAGCUUGGGACUGUAAGGGUCAACUAGAAGGACACCUGGGAAAUUCUGAUGGGCAGAAUUUGAGGAAAACUCAUCUUCACAAGAGAGGUUUUAGGAAAGAAACUGUUGUGUGUAGGGAAAGCUCUCCAGGAGAAAAAACCCAGGAGAGUGGUGCAUUUGAUAGAAACUUGAAUCUGAACCAAAAUGUUGUUAGACUUCAAAGAAAUCAAACAGGAGAGAGAGGCUUUACAUGUGAAACAUGCAGCAAAACCUUCAAAUAUAAUUCAGACCUAACUAGACAUCAGAGAAGUCACAGUGGAGAAAAACCUUAUGAAUGUGGUCAGUGUGGCCAAGCCUUUACUCAUAGCUCAAGCCUUCUUAUGCACCAUCGAGUUCACCCUGGAAAUAAACCAUUUAAAUGUAAUGAAUGUGGGAAAACUUUUGGUCUCAAUUCCUACUUCCUCCUCCAUCAGAGAAUUCAUACUGGAGAAAAACCUUUUGGGUGUAGUGAAUGUGGGAAGGCUUUCAGUCGAAGCUCAACUCUUCUUCAACAUUGUAUAAUUCACACAGGAGAGAAACCUUACAAAUAUAAUGAAUGUGGAAAAGCUUUCAGCCAGAGCCCACAAUUAACACAGCAUCAGAGAAUUCACACUGGCGAGAGACCCCAUGAAUGUAAUCAGUGUGGGAAGGCCUUCGGUCGAAGUCCAAGCCUUUUUCUCCAUCAUAGGGUUCAUACUGGGCUGGAGAGAAGCCCUAUGUAUGUAAUGAAUGCGUCAGAUCCUUUGGUUUUAACUCUCACCUUACUGAACACGUAAGGAUUCACACUGGAGAAAAACCCUAUGUUUGUAAUGAGUGCGGCAAAACCUUUAGUCGUAGUUUAACUCUUGUCCAGCAUCGCAGAGUUCACACUGGGGAGAAACCCUAUCAGUGCAUUGAAUGUGGGAAAGCUUUCAGUCAGAGCUCACAACUCACCCUACACCAGAGAGUUCACACUGGAGAGAAACCCUAUGAAUGUAGUGAUUGUGGGAAAGCCUUCAGCCAGAGGUCAACCCUCACUCAGCAUCAGAGAAUUCAUACUGGAGAGAACCCCCGUGGAUGCAGAAAAUGUGGUCCAGCCUUUGUUCACAGCUCCAGCCUUAGGCCACAUGGCCAGAUUCUAACUGGAGAGAAGCACUCUGUGUGUGAUGGACGUGGCAGAGCUUUCAGCCAUGGCGCAAACCUCGUUCUGCAUUGGAUGAUUCACACUAGUGAGAAGUCCUUUGGGUGUGAUGAAU